UGUGUGAGUUUUAGCGCAGACAUGGGCAAAGGCUUCUUCAUCAGCAAAGGUGUUGGUGUACUCCUUAUCAUUGUGGGAGCAGCCUCUGUUGCUACCAUCAUCGCUCUGUCUGUAGUUUACUCACAGGAAAAAGCCAAAAACAAUGAAGUAUCACCUACAAAUGAAGGAAGCACAACCAAACCUUCAACCACAACACCCACUCCAUCCAACAAGCCCUGGGACCAGUACCGGCUGCCCAAGACCCUGGUGCCAGAGCACUACAACCUGACGCUGUGGCCUCGACUCAAACCAGAUAACACCACUGGACUGUACAUCUUCACAGGUGAAUCUAGUGUGGAAUUCAAAUGUGUGGAGGAGACAGACCUGAUCCUCAUUCACUCCAAUAAACUCAACUACACUAAAGCCCCCACUGUGGUGUCUGUCAGCGGUGGGGUUACUGCCCCCAACAUCAAGAAGCACUGGUUGCAGACAGUGACCCAGUACCUGGUCAUUGAGCUGGAAGGUACACUAAAGAAGGACCACGUGUACCGCCUCAGCACAGAGUUUGUGGGAGAGCUGGCUGAUGACCUGGGUGGCUUCUACAGAAGUGUAUACACUGAAGAUGGGAUAGAAAAAGUCGUUGCUACAACUCAGAUGCAGCCAACAGAUGCCAGAAAAUCCUUCCCUUGUUUUGACGAGCCUGCACUGAAGGCUGUUUUCCACAUCACUCUCAUCCAUGAACCUGGAACUGUCGCCCUGUCCAAUGGGGAACAGAAAGACUCUGUAAACAAUGUGAUAAAUGGUGUGGAGGUGAUUGAAACGUCCUUCGAUCCAACUGAAAAAAUGUCCACAUAUCUACUUGCAUUUAUAGUCAGCGACUAUGACUUUGUCAACAAUACCAUUGAUACCGUUUUGAUUCGCAUCUUUGCCAGGAAGUCUGCCAUUGCUGCUGGGCAAGGAGACUAUGCCCUCAACAAAACUGGUCCCAUUCUUAAGUUCUUUGAAGAGUAUUACAAUUCCAGUUAUCCCCUACCCAAGUCCGAUCAGAUUGCUUUGCCUGACUUUAAUGCUGGAGCCAUGGAGAACUGGGGUCUGAUAACAUACAGAGAGACUGCACUACUGUAUGACCCAGCCUUCUCCUCCAACGGCAACAAAGAGCGCAUCGCCACCAUCAUUGCUCAUGAAUUAGCCCACAUGUGGUUUGGUAAUCUGGUCACUCUACGGUGGUGGAAUGACUUAUGGCUAAAUGAGGGCUUUGCCUCCUAUGUGGAGUACCUGGGAGCAGACCAGGCUGAACCUGACUGGAACGUGAAAGACCUGAUAGUGCUCAAUGACGUUCACAGAGUGUUUGCAGUGGAUGCCUUGACCUCCUCUCACCCCCUGUCCUCCAAAGAGGAGGACAUCCAGAAACCAGAGCAGAUCAGCGAGCUGUUUGAUGCCAUCUCAUACAGCAAGGGUGCUUCGGUGCUGAGAAUGCUUUCAGAUUUCCUUACAGAAGAAGUGUUCACAAUGGGACUUAGGACUUACCUGAAUGAAUUUAAGUUUGGCAACACAGUGUACACUGACCUAUGGAAACACCUGCAAGAUGCUUGUGACAAUACUGGACAAAAACUCCCAGAUACAGUUGCAAACAUCAUGAACACUUGGGUGUUGCAGAUGGGCUUCCCUGUAGUCACCAUAGAUACAGUUACAGGAAAUGUAUCCCAGAAGCACUUCCUGUUGGACCCAGACUCUAAAGUCACAGUCGACUCACCAUACAAAUACCAGUGGACUGUACCUAUUAAGUGGAUGAAAAAUGGAAUUGUGGAGUCUCCAGAAUGGCUGGUCUCGAAGUCAAAAAUAUUCGAUCAAAUGAAAGUUCUUGGGGACGGGUGGGUGCUGGCCAAUGUCGAUGUAGUAGGUUACUAUAGAGUAAACUAUGAUCAGAGCAACUGGGACAAACUCUUGAACAUUCUUAGCACCAACCAUACACAUAUUCCAGUGAUCAACAGAGCUCAACUAGUGGAUGAUGCCUUUAACAUGGCUAGAGCCAAGAUUAUCCCCACAUUACUGGCCCUGAAUACCACCACAUACCUGAAGAAUGAGAAGGAGUUCAUGCCCUGGGAGUCAGCCCUGGACAACAUGAACUUCUUUUAUCUCAUGUUCGACAGAAGUGAUGUGUAUGGCCACAUACAGGCAUAUCUUCAGAAACAGGUAACACCGUUGUUCAGACAUUUCAAGGAAAUUACAGGAAACUGGGCAGAAGACCCCAAGGGACACAUGGAUCAGUACAAUGAAGUGAAUGCUAUCAGUCUAGCAUGUAAAACUGGCCUCCAGGAAUGCACAGAUUUGGUUAAAGGCUGGUUUCAGACAUGGAUGAGCAACUCUUCCAACAACAUAAUCCGCCCAAACCUGCGCUCUACUGUGUACUGCAAUGCUAUCGCAGCAGGGGGCGCUAAAGAGUGGGAAUUUGCGUGGGAACAAUUCAGCAAGGCCAACGCCAUUGAAGCUGACAAACUGCGCUCUGCAAUGGCCUGCACAAAGGAACCAUGGCUUCUCAACAGGUACCUGGAAUACACACUUACGCCAAGCAAGAUCCGUAAACAGGAUGCCACUUCUACCAUUGUCUACAUCGCCAACAACGUGGUGGGACAGGCGCUGGCAUGGGACUUUGUUAGAGCCCAUUGGACAUACAUUUUCAAUGAAUAUGGAGGAGGCUCCUUCUCCUUUUCCAAUCUCAUCAAUGGAGUCACAAAACGCUUCUCCACCGACUUUGAACUUCAACAGCUGAGGCAGUUCAAAGAGGACCACUCAGAAACAGGUUUUGGCUCAGGAACUCUGGCAGUAGAUCAAUCUAUCGAGAGGACCAUCAGUAACAUGAAAUGGCUUGAAGAGAACAAAAGCAUUGUCUCUAAAUGGUUUGAAGAUGCUGCAAAACCAUAAUUUAAAUAUUAACCCAAUACUAUCCAAUUUUAUGGGUAGUGAUUCUUUUCUCUGAUAGGACUUUUUGUAUUUUUUAUAUUUAACUCUUGUGCCCAGGAAAUAAAAUUGUAAUUUCCAUAGAAUUUUUUGCAAUUGUUUUAACCUAAAUAUUUAUUGUGCAAUUGUAUACAUAGUCAAUUAGAUAAAUCAGUAAGUCAAAUAGGAUGCUAAUAAUGUGGUACCCUUUAAGACAAGGUUGAAAAAUGAGUUACUAUUUCACGCCCUGAAUAAAUGUUUAAAUGCCCCCCUUAUCUGAUGGCUGACACUGAAUGCUUAUAGACAUUUUCUACAGAGAUUGUACUCUAUUUUGGGAAAUAAAAAUGUUUGUAUUUCCUAUUUUUUGUGCUGAUUUGAUGUGUAACUAUAUAACUUUUUGAGUAAGAUUCUUGUAGACCUAUCUUUUUUAUUAUCUUUUAUUAUUUUGGCAUUUACAUGUAUAGAGGACCCAAAAUUACAUAAAUGGAAAUAAGUAAAUCUAAAAAUAAAUGUUGGAAUGUAUUAAAAUAAGUGGUGAAUAAAAAUAUAUGUGUAAAUAAAUAAAUGCUUUUACACAUGAAUGCAUACAUUAGGGGAUUAAAACGAUAC